AGCUCUCCAUCUAGCCGCGCAUCCUGCUCCGGAGCACCAACAGGAUCCGCCGCCGCGCCGACAACCUUCACUUCACUUUCACGCGCAUUGAACCCGCCCCGGUCGCUGCACUUCACCCGUGCGUUGCCCUCCUCCUGAGAUGCGAUACUAUUGCACAAUUCCCCGGAGAAUACCUUCAUCUUCCGUGGCUCCUCGCUGAUAGAGAGCAUGCCCGACACCGGGUCGGCAGCGACGGGCGCCUCGGCCGCCGCCGGUGCGUCUGGCAACGGUGACGGCGCCGAGAGCUCCCGGCACCGACACCGAGCGCCGCAGGGGGAAGCGGAGAGGCCGGAGCCGGGCACUGCCCCGUCACAUGGCUCCUCCGGUGUACUGGAUAAGUUGUUUGGGAAGCGGCUGCUGCAGGCUGGGAGACACAUCAUGUCUCACAAGUCCUGGAUGAAAACGGUGCCCACGGAGAACUGUGAUGUCCUCAUCACAUUUGCAGACACUACAGAUGACCACACGUUGCUAUGGCUACUGAACCACAUCCGACUGGGAAUCCCAGAGCUCAUCAUCCAAAUACGACAUCACAAGCACACACAAGUCUACGCUUUCUUCGUCACUGCUACAUAUGAAAAUUUGUUGCGAGGUGCUGAGGAGAUGGGAUUGAGGAAAGCGGUGAAGCCCGAGUUUGGGGGAGGAACACGAAACUUCUCGGGUGAGGAGGAUUACAUCUACGAGAACAUCGAGAGCGAGCUGUGUUUCUUCACCUCACAGGAGAGGCAGAGCAUCAUUAAAUACUGGCUGGACAAUCUAAGGGCCAAACAUGGGGAGGUGCUUCAUAAUAUCAACUUCCUGGAGGGCCAGCCAAUUAUCUCGGAGCUGAGUGCUCGAGGGGUGAUCCAACAGUUAUUUCCUCUCCAUGAGCAGAGGAUUCUCAGUCAGCUGAUGAAGUCCUGGGUCCAGGCCGUCUGUGAGAAACAGCCUUUAGAUGAUAUCUGUGACUACUUUGGUGUGAAGAUUGCCAUGUAUUUUGCCUGGCUGGGGUUUUACACCACUUCCAUGUUAUAUCCUGCUGUGAUCGGCUUUGUGCUGUGGAUGCUCACUGAGUCAGACCAGACGAGCCGUGACAUCUGCUGUGUGGUGUUUGCCCUGUUCAACGUGGUGUGGGCCACUCUGUUUCUGGAGCGGUGGAAGAGGAGGGGGGCUGAGCUGGCUUUCAAGUGGGGAACACUGGACACGCCACCCGAAUCCCUGGAGGAACCACGGCCCCAGUUCCGGGGAGUGAAGCGCUGCAGUCCCAUAACAGGUUGUGAGGAGUUCCACUAUCCUCCGUGGCGGCGGCGUGUUUUCAGGUGGCUGGUCAGCCUGCCCAUCUGCAUCCUCUGCCUCUGCUUUGUCUUCCUGGUCAUGCUCAUCUGCUUUGAGCUGCAGGAGUUUGUGAUGGGGAUCAAGGAAAUGCCUCGGCUAGCUCGCUUCAUCCCCAAAAUCAUGCUAGCUAUCACUGUGAGUGCAUGUGAUGAGGUGUACAGGAAAAUCGCCUGCUGGCUCAACGACAUGGAAAACUAUAGACUCCAGAGUGCCUAUGAGAAAAAUCUCAUCAUCAAAAUGGUUCUUUUUCAGUUUGUAAAUUCUUAUCUUAGCCUUUUUUACAUUGGAUUCUACCUCAAAGACAUGGAGCGUCUAAAAGAGAUGCUGGUGGUGUUGUCUCUGUUAAGGAGUCUGCAGCGGCAGGUCCGGAUCAAUGUGCUGCCUCCCCUCUUCCUCAAGAUCCAGAUGUUUGUGGUCUCUGUUCCCUGGAUGUUCAGGGCUUUACUCGGGUCCAAAAUGCUAGCCACUCUACUCAUCAUACGGCAGUUCCUUCAAAAUGUGAAGGAGGUGCUGCAGCCUUACCUGUACGAGCGUCACAAGCUGGGCGAGCUCACGCUGCGAGCUGUGUGGGACCUGCUGCUCUCUGUGCUGCUGAAAUACGGCCGGCUGGCGGCCGGGAAAGCCCACGCCUCUCCCAGCGAUCAGGCCAUGCCAGGGCCGGGCCUGAGGGGCACCAGGCCUGGAUUGGGGCAGCUAGAUAGAAGGGAAAAGAAGUGUUUGAACGGAGGGUGCGGGGUGCCCGACGAGGAGGAGGGGGGCGAGAAGGAUGAGGCUGACAGCGGGAGGUUCAGUGAAGGAGAGACGGAGGAGGAGAGUCUGGUUGACUGCGGUUUAAAGCUGAGGAAGGUCAGCUUCAUAGAGAAGUCGGAAAGAAGAGCAGGCUGCAGUGGGCCGCCCAUGCACACCAGCUUCCUGGAGGAAGGGAGCCCCACAAUGGUGGAAAAAGGAAUGGACCCUGCCUCCGUAUUUGAGAUGUGUGACGACGACGAUGAUAAUGGCAUCCAUGAUGUGAAGGAAUCGGCCGGGGCAGCAACAGGUUCGGCCGAGGGGAUAAAUGCCGCCGCUGGCGCCGCCGCUGCCGCCAGGGCUGCGCUGCUGUCUGACAGCGGCGCAGCCCUGCGACACAGAAGAAGAGGCAGGAGCGCAGAGAGAGUUGAGCCAAAGACAAAAAGGGAAUCGUGGAUUAACCCCCCGGAGGAGAGAGAGAACAACACGCUCACUCAGGCUGAGAUGGAGAGCUGCAUGCAGACAUAUGCUGACACCUUCCAGGACUACCAGGAGAUGUUUGUCCAGUUUGGUUACGUGGUGCUCUUCUCCUCGGCCUUCCCUCUGGCUGCCAUGUGCGCUCUCAUCAACAACAUCAUUGAAAUCCGCAGCGAUGCCUUUAAGCUCUGCACCGGUCUGCAGAGGCCCUUUGGAAUCAGAGUGGAGAGCAUCGGCCAGUGGCAGACAGCGAUGGAAGCCAUGGGCCUGAUUGCCAUCAUAGUGAAUUGUUACCUAAUUGGUCAGUGUGGUCAGCUACAGCGCCUCUUUCCGUGGCUCAGCCCCGAGAUGGCCAUCAUCUCCAUCGUUAUCCUCGAGCACUUUGCCAUCCUCCUGAAGUACGUCAUCCACGUGGCCAUCCCCGACAUUCCUACAUGGGUUCGAGAGGAGAUUUCUAAGCUGGAUUAUCAGCGUAGGGAGGCCUUUAAGAAGCAUGAGCGGCAGGCGCAGCAGCAUUACCAGCAGCUGCAGAGGAGGAAGAGGGAGGAGGAGGAGAGGCAGAGGCAGGCGGAGCAUAUGGCCCGCAGGGAGAGGGAGCGGGACGAAAGCAAGGGCGACUCCUCUGGAGAUCACCACCACGAGAAGAGUCACAGCAGCAAAUCACGUUCCGGGGGCGGAGGAGGGGGCGGCGGGUCGGACAAACCCAAAAGGCCGAGCUCUCUGUUGGCCAACAACAACGUGAUGAAGCUGAAACAGAUCAUCCCGCUGCAGAGUAAGUUCUCCUCGAGUGGCGCCCGCUCCCCUCAGUCUCCCACCGGAAGUGAGCCGAAGCUGCCCGGGUUCCUGAGCUUCAAAUUCCUUAAGUCGCCGGAGAACAAGAAGGAGGGUUCUGCGGCUUCCGUGGCUGCGGCCGCAGCCUCUAACACCACAGCUACAGCAGCCUCAUCAUCAUCAUCAUCAUCAUCAGGUAGCAGCUCCCAGGAGCGUUCUCAGUCACCCAGCAAGGCCUUCAACCCUGGGAAACUGUUCAACUUUGGGAAAUCUGAGGGCGGGACAUGCGUGAACGGGGCCGCGCUGCCCAGACCCGGCGAGGGCUCAUCGUCACAGGCGUCGGAUAGACAACCGUCCAGGUCUGACUUGAACGGUGUUCCAGACGAGUUCCCCUCGCCUGGAGGGGAAGGGUCAGAGAACGGCCACGCAACAGACGUGGACCCGGCCGGCUCUAAAGUCUAGUCUAUCUCCACAGAGAACGAACAUGCCGUCGGUUACAUCUCAGCGGAAGAAGUGGUGUGUUUGUGUGACGACAGGCCCGCCCGACCCUCUGUGCUACCACAGGCGAUGUGCAGAAGUACUUGAAGAAGAGAGAGGGGAAGAUGGAACUAAUGAGAGGUGACUGUUGUUUUUUUUUGCUGAGACAAAAGAAAACAGCCCUCUUAUCAAGACCGAGUAAACACACACACACACACACACACACACACACAUACAUAAAUCCUUCCAUGUCUGCAAUACAUAAAGAAAUGCAUGAGCUGCGUUUCUAAUAUUUUUAACCUUUACAGCAGAGAGAUGUGUCUCUUGAUUUCUUCUAGUCAUAGAUUGUAAGCAUCUUGUUGGCCUCCCACUUGAACAUAACAGCCGUUGGGAAGGGUUUUGAUUUGGACGUGACAAACACAAGUGGUUAUUAGAUAUUGUCUAAUUGAAACUAUGAGGGAUUCUCGGGCCCUUCACUUUUAUAUUGAAGUGGAAAAAAUGGAAAAGCAAUACCAGUCAGUUUGAAUGAUUCUCAUUAGUCUUAAGGCAAACCCUCCCCUAAUAAGCAUCCCUGAUGUGUCACCAGCUUUAUUUUUAAAGCAGAGGUGAUGUCCGAGCUUUGACCCCUCCUUCCCAUCCUGUGAAUUUGCUAGUCGAGGAAGUUUUCAUGUACCAGUAUUUCCCCCAAGAGUUUAAGGGGAAGACACACAAAAAAAGCAAACAAAAAAAAGGAGAAGGAGAUUUUAGGAAAAUGGCGCAUGCAAGGCGGCUGUUCUCCUUCCAAGCGUGCAGCGCCUUGUAAACACAGAUGGGGCUUCAUUUCGUCACAAACUCUUACCAGACUUGGUAAACGAGCAUAGAGUCAAGGAAGUAACAUUUGCACUAAAGCCUUACGCCCUGCAUAGAAAGCUGUGUCGCUCUGCAGCAGAGAGGACCAACGUCGGCUGCCUCAUAACAUUCACAAAAUACAUGUGUCAUCUACUCACCUGCCCCUAACCCUCAGCAACUACGGCAUUCCCCAAAUAUUAAGAUGUUUUUGUGUCAUUUUACAAGUUUUAAAAGCCCUUCUAUGUUGCGCCCCAUAUCUUUUGUACACGCACCAUUUGCUGCAUUGCUUUUAUCACAGUGCUGAUAAUGGGACCUUUUUAACCAAAGGGGUAUUUUUGGGAUCAUGCUGCUUGUCUAAGAUGUAUGUGUACUGUAUGUUUUGUUGAUCUACAUCAACACAGUCUAUGGUAUGUAUCACGCAACUCUAGCAAGCAAACCCACCACACAACAUUAACAGGUAUUUUCCAGAGUAAACGUGUUGGUGGACAGCUGAAUUCACGUUGACCCAUCGCUCCAUUGUCUAGUCAUCAGUGUACAAAAGGGGCCGCAGUUGGGACACUUUGAAGGGAAAACGUAUUACGGUGACAUUAGAGAAGUCCAUCACACUGUAGUAAGAGAUACAGAAACAUUAACUAUGCAUUUUCAUCACAUUUUGCAAAGGUUUUGGCAAUAACACUGAGUUGCUGGAGACUCACAUGUAUACUGUGAGACUAGAUGAACUCCCCCACACGCAGCACACAGUGUAUAAUCCCAAACCACUCUAUGCAUCUUUUCUUUGUGUCGCUUCAAUCUCCGCUGUCAGCUCGCUCUUGUCUCACCUCCUUACCCACAAUUAAUACAAUAAUUACAACUCAUCCAUCUACCACUUUGUGUUUCCGGAAUCCGUCUAAUUGAGGAGUGAUGAUGACAAUGAACUGCAAAUUGCUUUUUCAAUUGUGUUGCUGCUUUCAUGUGUCUGUAACAACUUUAAAAUAAGCAAAGUUUAGUCACAGGCCUAAAAAGAAAAAAACACAAAAAUGUACUUCCCGUUGGCAGGCAAGAAAAUCUUGGACAUUAAAUGCAAUAAGGAAAUAGACAAGACGUCAAUUUGUAUCGUCUCCGUAUCAUGUAACUUGUAUCUUGUGUCUCACAGGCUGGUUAUUGUUAAAAGGGACACGUGAUAAAGAGGUUGGUAAGGGCUGAGCAUCGCCUCAUCAAAUCCUUUUUUUAAUGCCAUGAUGCAAUACAUCCCUUCUUUCAUCCUUGCACUGUUGGCAGCAACAGCGACUUCAUGUCGUUCAGAUGGGGGUUGUUAAAUAAGUACUGUUUGAAGUAAAUGAACGGAUCUUGGUGAGAUGAGACAGCGCUGGGCAAUCGUCGGGAAAGGACAGUAGCUCAGACAGCGGAGACUUAUCGGCCGUCUGCAACUCACUAUCAAAGCAACAGCAGUUAUAUAAAAGAUGUGUGAUAAUCUUGACAGUAUGAGGAAUAUUGCAUUCGGGAAAUGUUGAGGUUCUCACCACAGCUACAUUAAAACCUGACCCGCACCUCAAGGGUACGAGAGAAGACGUCCUCAUGAAGGCCUCCCUUACCGAACAUCAUUUGCUCUUCCAAUGUACAACCGUACAAACAAAAAAAAAAAAAAAGUGGAUUCACGAGGAAUACUGGGAAAUGGGAUUAUCUAUUUCUUUUAAUUUAUUUUGUCAUAUUUUUGUAAGACUGAAAAAUAGUUAAUAAAAACUAUUUCAAAUGCAA